AUGCAUCCAUCUGUUAAAGUGCUAGCACAUAAACCUCUCAUCAGCUUCAUCGGAAAGCGUGUAUGGCCAGCUACUGCAGGUCCUUCUCACCCUCAUCCAGCUGCUCCUCCAGAAUGGCAAAAGUCCUUUUCUAAAAAGGCUGUUCCUCACAGCUCAUACCGAGCACCGCAGGAUCAUGCCGUAUUCCUAGAAUUUUGGGACGCUCCAGCACGUUUCUCGAAGCCAUCUUCCAGAUACUUGGAGCAAGUAGAGAUCGAUGCCAUAUCAAGUGGAGGAGCUUCUCUGCGAUAG